UUAAGUUUGCGAACGACAUCGAACCAAAGAACAACAAAUAAAAUAAAAUGAAGACACAUUACCUGCUUUUUGUUUGUGCUUUGAUCGUUGGAACCUAUGCCAAAGUCCCUGACUACCUUCAACCGUUCAUAUGCAAAGCUUCAGAUCCUCAAUACGAAAAAUGCGUGUGGAACAGUUUCGAAAAAUCGAGACCCUAUUUGAUGAAAGGUAUUCCUGAAGUCAGUUUGCCACCAAUGGACCCUUUUAUUCUUCCAUUAAUGACCGUGAAUAGGACUUUGAAUGAUGUUGUAAGCAUCAACGCUAUUUGCAGGAAUAUUAGAGUUGAAGGGGCAAGAAAUAUUGUUAUUGAUGCAUUAAAGGCUAAUCCUAUCAAGCAUUUGGGAGAAAUACAUCUUACCCUGCCAUGGAGCUAUAUGGAAAUGGAAUAUGACGUUAGCGGACAACUUUUGGCCAUACCUCUUCAAAGUAAAGGGUUCUUCAAAGGAAACUUUUCUGAUAUUCAAUUCCAUGUUAAAGGAGCGUUGGACACCUACAAACGAAACGGUGAUGAAUAUUUCAAAGUGAAAAAAGUCAGCUCGAAAAUCGUGGUAGGAGACGGUUGGAUUAAACUAACUUCCAAAAAUCCCGAACUUCAAUUUGGAGCCGAUAUGAUCUCGGACUUUUUCAACGAAAAUCCCAGACAAGUGAUGGACACCAUUAAUCCUAUUUUUAUUGAUACUUCGAAUGAAUUGUUCAGGGUUGUAGCUGAUCAAAUUUUGGCUAAUUUGAAGGUUUCCGAAUGGUUACCAGCCUAAAUUUGGUUAUUUGUUGAUUAUAUUCUAGUAACUUUUUUUAUACGUUUAAUAAAUAGUAUAUUGUUGUAUUAGGAGUAGAAGCUUCACUUUUGCGCUGAAGCACUAGGUUUGCGAGCCGAACGUAGUGAGGCUUGCAAUACUGCUGAAGCACAAAAAAGUGCUUCUACUCCGUAUGCAACACGCUAUUUUUUCUCCAAACGAAUGGGGUAAGCUCGGGGGCAAGUGGAUGGUUGAACGGCAGUAAAAGUACGAGCGGCACUAAAAGUACUUUUGCUGCCGCUGGGGUUGCCAAGCAGCAUAGAAAUCAAAUUUCUACCACCUCGACAGGUGUUAACCCGCUGGAUUUGCCUAGCAGCAUAGAAAUUAAGUUUCUGACAUCUUGACAGGGGUUAACACAGUGACGCUUUUUUGACGUUUGGAGAAAAACAAAAUUAUUUUGCUUUUCUAAAGUAUUUCAGGGCCUGUGAUAGAUUGUUUUCAAAAUUUUAUAUGCAUUUCUAGUGUAUUUAUAAAUAAAUUAGUUAUCAAAUUUA